AUGCCGCCUAGCAGAAGAUCCUCCCGCAGUGAGCGUGACAACAACAACACCCAUAAAAACAACCAAAACCAGCAGAUAGACGAAGUAGAAUUCCAAAGUGUUUUCCUCUUCCUCUUCGGCAUCUAUGCCUUCGCAGCUCUUCUCAGCCGCAAUACAGGUCCCAGAGUUCCUAACUCUGACAUAAACACCUCCAUAUAUCGCUCUAGCGCCACUAAUAGAGUAGAUCGAUCGCCUGGAUCAGCUGCCAGAGCAGGCCCCCUCGUUCCAUAUGCUAGGCCAGCCUCUGCUGCUUCUGCUGCAAGCGCAGUCCCCCCCACCCUAGAUCUAACCAGGGAAUUCCACCCCGCUCCCGUCCCACCUACCCCACCUGCCCCACCUGCCAGAGCAGUCCCCCCCGCUCCAGCUUGGAAGGAGCCUCCCCCCGCUCCACCCUUUCAUUUCAUCCCCGGUCCCGCUCCACCUUCCAUGACAGCCGCCCCCGCUCCAGCCUGGAAGGAGCCUCCCCCUGCUCCACCCUUUCAUUUCAUCCCCGGUCCCGCUCCGCCUUCCAUGGCCGCCGCCCCCGCUCCACCUACCCGGGCACUCCUCCCCGCUCCACUCAUCCCCAGCCCACCGCAAGAAAUCCACCCACUCCUCCGGGGCCCCGCCCAUCAAGACCGCGACGCCGCCCACAACAACAGGCGGAACUACGACCCCAACCAGAUCAUCGAGGAGCUGGGCGGGCAUACCCUCGGGAACCUCUUACACGCUGAAACGUUCUGGGCUAGGAGCGGAAACAACUACGGCGACAUAAUCGGUGCGCUGCAUGGCCUUCCCGAUGAUAACCAGAUCCACAAUCGGCAGUUUAUCGAGCUGGGGGAGCAGGAGGAGAAUGCGGUUGUGCAGAGGCAGAGAGGAGGUGGUGGUGUUGCUGCUGCUGGUAGUGGUGGUGAGGUGGUGAGAGGAGGGGGUAAUUGGGUUGAGCUCGAUCCGCCGGGUUGUUAUCCUGCGCAUCUGGAUAAGAGUGAGUUUUCCCUCUUUGUUCUUGCGUUUGCUUCAUUGGGGCUGGAAUUGGGUCCCCAAUUCGCACCUUUCCGCCAGGACCGAGGUCCUGAACCCCCUCGGCUGGCCCAGCCCCCAGCUUCCGGUCAGCUGCGUGGUAAUGGUAUCGCAGAUGUAGUCGUUGUGGAUGCGGAUGGUGCAUUUGAUCCAUAUUUCCGCGGUACAAACAUUGGUAACGGUAUGGGUCCUGGGCCAUUUAGUGGUUAUGGUAGAUUGGGUUUUCUGGCUGGCGAAGGCGACGUCGAAGGAUGGGUGGAUAGCAUCACCAACGAGGGCGCGGAAGGGAUCAUUGAGAUCUCAGAUGAUGAAGGCGCUUCAAGCGCAAACAACGAUUCGCAAGGUGUCCGCGGCAGGAGACCUUCCCCGCUACACGGUACCAAAAGAGGCAGAAGCAGCUCAGGAUCCCCAUCUUCCAGAGCCACCAAGAGGACCCACCUCGAAGCGUUACCCCCACCCCUAAGGCGUGGCGGGACCCGUCGUCGCUUCCCCCGCUCUUCACGUCCCGAGCCUCCUCCAGCAGGCCCAUAUGGCCUUCCCUCCCCUCCCGACAGCCAGGCCCUUGCACGCCGUCAGGGAGCCCAAGUUGGUCUUCAAGGGGGCGUAAUGGCCCAGCCCCACGCACGCCCCGCGCGGCCCAUGAACUACGUUCCGGAGGUUAUGGGCCUUGUCCGCGAUCCUUUCGACCUGCUGUGCGGGCCCAUGAGGCAAUUUGAGACGUUGACGGACCUGGAGAAGACGGAUCUUGUGCUCAACUACUGCUCGGAGACGCACUCGAGAUACAUUCCCUUCACGAGGCCCAAGUACCAUCUUGGCGUGUCGGAAGAUAUGGCAUACCGCUUCUCGCUGCAGGUGCUGGUGUAUCGUAAUGGCGAUGUGGAGACGUCCCAGAAUGCGGUCGAGUUCUUUAAGUGCCAUCCGCUCCAUAGGGCGGGGUCGACGAAGGUGUCCCAUUCUAUUCCGACCUCCCACCUCCCACGCAAGCCCCCACGUCACUAUACCGAAGAGGAACUGCUCAAAUGCGACAGAGGGACCCGCGAGAAGCGCGAGCUCAUGCACUCGCCCUCCACCCCCGGCUACGCCGGCAGCGAAUACCCGCACCCCCAGAGCGUGCUCAGACACAAGGUCACCACCUACUCGCACAUGGACCACUGGGAGUUCCAGCUCUGGAGCGCCGAGGCCGCGGGGCCAACCAUCUUCUCGCUGCGCUCGGCAUACAAUGCUGCCACCCGUGGCAACUGCCUGCUCACGGCGAGGCUCUCGUAUGAGGGCAAGGAAAUCGCGCAGUGCUGCAUGUCGGCGCUCGAGGAUAUACAGCGGGGAUAUGAGCAUGAGGGGUGCGUGGCGGAUAGUCCCAAUGGGUAUGGGAGUCUGAUGAGUAUUGGGCGGGAUAUUUAA